AUGGCCACAUGCUUUUCAAUUAAUGUCGAAUCGGGUGUGGACUACCACAAAGAGAGCGCCCAAGAUGCUCAAACCUACCCUGUGUUAAUUGUUAACGCGCUUAAUUUCGUUGGACUUGCCAUUGCAAUAAUUACGAAUGUUUGUUUACUCUUCGGCAGCUUGCGCCAAAAUUAUUUUCUUGUUGGCUUCUGGUUGAUCUUUCCGCUUCUUAUAACCAUUGGCUACCCCUUUGCCAUAUUGGGCAGCAUAUUUAAUUUUGGCGGCUAUAGGCAGAGCACCGGUUCCAAUAGUAUUAUCUAUGCCAUAUUUAUUUAUACUCUUAUGUUAGUUGUAUUUCUAUUCUGCGCCCGCCUUGUCUACUCUUACUUUAAGCAAUUGAAGAAGCGCCACAGCAAUCCCGAGCACUCGGUGGUUGUUUGAAUUUCAUUGUUGCCAUUUAAUUUUUUAGUUUGCCAGCACUCAGUGUUAUUUUUAUAUAAGUGUUCGUUGAUAUAUAACAAUUGUGAAAUACAUUAAUUAUUUAUGUUUACGCUUGGG